GCGCAGUGCGCUCCGUCCGUCCGUCGACCGGAAGGCCGUCCCCUGGCCCCUGCUCGUCGUCUUCCUCGGGCGCUCGUCUUCCUCCGAACGCGCGCGGGCCGCCGACCUGCUUGUUCUCCUGGAGGAGCGCGCCCGGCGGGCAGGCGACGCAGUCCAGCGGCGGGUUGAGGAAGAAGGCGAGCGACCGGUGGAUCCCCGUCCAGCCGUCCCCUGCUCCUCUUCCUCGGGUCGGGCGCUCGUCAUCCACUCUUCCUCCAGCCCUCCAUCUGAUCCCCGUACGACCGUCCCCUGCUCGUCUUCCUGGUGCUCGGCUGCUCCAGUGCUCGGCCCCUGCUGCAGUGCUGCUCGGUCGCGUCGGCACCUGCUGCAGAUCUGCUCGACCUCGGCUGCUCGGCUUCCUGGUAACCUGGUUCCUGCUGAAGUGCUGAUUCUAGAGUCUGCUGCGUACGUUUAGUAGUAUCAGUUCCUUCUGCUACAAAUUCAUAGUCACUGAUGGGGAAGGCAAAGCGUGCCUCGAUCUUCAUCAGGCUGGUUUCUGCAGCCGGCACUGGAUUCUUCUACGUGAAGCGCAAGAAUCCUCGUCGCAUCACCGAGAAGCUUGAGUUUAGAAAGUAUGAUCCCCGUGUGAACAAGCAUGUUCUGUUUACCGAAGCGAAGAUGAAGUGAGAUCUUGUUUCUCCACAAUGCAGAACUGUAAUAAGUUGUCAACCUUUUGCGACCAGAAACCUUUAUGCCGUUAUUAGACAGAUGAUUAACGAUCCUAUGUGUUUUUCCUGCUCCAAUGAGCUGCAAGCAGCAGAUGGCUAGUGUUUUGUCAUUUUGUGUGGGAAACUACAAAUGAAAUCUGGACUCCCAUCUUUUUCUUUCA